UCCAGACUGACUGUUGUGAUGGUGCGGAUGAAGAAUUAACAACGUGCACAAAUUACACCAUGUGCAGCUUUGAGACCAAUUUCUGUGACUGGAAGCAGUUGAACACUGAUGGUUUUGACUGGGCUAGAGGAUCAGCCCAAACAUCUCCAGGUUCUGGGUUACCAAAGGCAGAUCACACAACUAAGAUUGACAAAGGAAUGUUUGUCUACUUUCGAGCAAGCUCCGACUCUGCUGCAGAUGGGACAGCUCAGCUUGGCAGUCCUGUUCUAAGAAAGCAAUUCAUCAAGGGAUCACUCUGCCAGGUGAGGUUCUGGUACCAGAUGUCCCCAGGAGCUAAACUUUCAGUGCACACUAGAACAGUGGUUGGCGGCCAUUCUGAGAGAGUCACUGAGAUCACCACAGCAACCAACAGAGGCUGGGCUACGCAGGAGAUUACGGUGGAACCCAGCGCAGCAGAAGCCAUGAUACCUUUCCAGAUUAUUCUCCAGGCCAGUGUCACAGCAAUGGCCAAUUCCUUUGUCGUUAUUGAUGACAUUACAUUAACUCCGGGAUGUGCUGUGUCGAAUGCACGGCUGCCUAAUUCCACCACGGAUCACAAAGAUCAUGGGAAGUUUCUCUUUCUCGCCACCAACUUGCACGGGGACCAAACUGGGUUGACGAUUAAUGCAGAUGAUGUGGCUUGUUUGGGUCGAGUCACGGAUAAUCCUUCAGCUGUUUUCACAAUUUCCUCACCUGGCUUGUACCACAUGGUACAGACCGUCUCCCUGAAAUCUGUAUUGAAGAGCCACUUCUUUUUAGUCCACUCUCAGGUGGACUCGUCGGAUGAAAUAAAAUUAUUUAUCAAGCAAGAAUCACCGGGCGACACUGAUGUAGUUCAGGCUUCAUUUUGGUUACUGAAGAGUAAAUGGUUUGAAGGAUAUGAUGCUCUGGAAGCGGUCAGUCUCCCAGGCUACUUUGUCCGACACAAGAACUCUCACAUCUUAUUGGCGAAGGAUGACGGUUCAGAGAGUUUCAAACAAGAAGCCAGCUGGAAAGUGCAAUCAGCAAUCUUUUCAGCCCCCGUGCCUCCAACAAAUGUCUGUCCCCAGCAUUUCUUCUAUUGUCACAACGCAGGUUGCAUCCCGGCCACUAAAUACUGUGAUUUUACUGCUGACUGUCCGGAUGGAGAUGAUGAAGUCUCUUGUGCCGCAACAUGCACCUUUGAAGAGAAUGACUGUGGCUGGUUUGAGAAUAUCCCCAGUGAUGACUUUGAUUGGAUCAGAAGCUCAAGAAAUGCUCUACCUUCAAACAUCCAGAAUCAAGUCCCAGCUCAAGACCACACCACCAAUACAUCCGACGGCCAUUUCAUGGUUAUUCUGAAUAACAGAAGCAGCAUCUCUCAGAUUGCAGCCUUGAAGAGCCCUCAAUUCAGUCAGUCAGGAACAGGAUGCACCAUGUCCUUCUGGUAUUACAAUUAUGGUCAGGCUGUAGGAGCAGCAAAAAUGUACUUGGAUGUGGAGGGGGUUCUGAAUCGUACAGUGGUGUGGUGGACCUACAUCACUCAGACCGAUCGCUGGCAGCAGGCCUUUGUGCAGCUCGGACGCCUUCAUCAGCCCUUCUGUCUCUCGCUGGUGAAAGUUAGCCUGAGUAUUUACGAUGGCGUGACAGCGAUGGACGAUAUCAGGUUCAUUAAUUGCUCCCUCCCGCAAGCUGCUGUGUCUUGUAACGGCCCCGAUCAUUUCUGGUGUAAAGAGACCAGAGCUUGCAUCGACCGAUUGCACGUUUGUGACCUCCUGGACGAUUGCGGUGAUGCUUCUGAUGAAGAAAACUGCCGGAGCAAUCUGCUAUGUGAUUUUGAAAAUGGGUUGUGCAACUGGGAGCAAGCCACAGAAGAUGAUUUUGACUGGACAAGAAAUAGGGGUCAAACUCCUUCACUCAACACCGGACCGUCGAAAGACCACACAUUUGGAACAGCACAAGGCCAUUACUUUUACAUAGAAGUUUCUGAGCAACAAUUUGGAAACACAGCUAUGCUUGUGAGCCCAAUCCUGGAGGCCACCACCAAUAACAUCCACAAGACCUGCAUUUUUCGCUUCCACUACCACAUGUUUGGAAUGCAGAUUUUUAGACUGGCUGUGCACAAGAGGAUUUACAGCAAUACAAAGGGGGCGCAACUUUGGGUGAAAUAUGGAAACUAUGGUAAUGCUUGGCGAAGAGAGGUCCUAUUUAUCAACAGUUCUCAACCAUUCCAGAUAUUACUGGAGGCUACUGUGGGAGAUGACUUUGGUGGAGAUAUUGGAAUUGAUGACCUAUCCUUUAUGGAUUGUGCUCUCCAUGAUGGUAAUUUACCAUCUGCAGUUCCCACAAAUCCAUCAACAACAAUAAGACCUACCACUCUGCCUCCUCAUAACUGUACAGAGAACGAAUUUAUUUGUAAAAUAGAUGGUCAGUGUGUCGAGAUCAUCAAAACAUGUGAUUUCAGAGAAGAUUGUUCCGACAAGACAGACGAGUUGGCUUGUGUUGGUAAAGUUUGCAAUUUUCAUAGAGGGAAGACUUGUGGUUGGAAACAGCAGAUAAACUCUUCAGCUGAAAAUACCUUUCAGUGGCUCACCGGACAAGGAUCCACUAUCCACCCAAGUGAAGCGGAUGACCGACCGUCCACAGAUCAUACCAUGGGCACAGAACAAGGCUGGUACCUCUACGCUGAUACUUCAAAUGGAGAGUUUGGUGACUCCGCUGAUAUCGUGACUCCAGCCAUAUCCCAGACUGGGCCAAUGUGCAAAUUGGUGUUUUGGUAUCAUAUGAAUGGAGUCACUAUUGGGACUUUGCAGGUCUUCAUUAAAUUUGAUAAAGUGACACGGAAACUCUGGUCGCAAAGUGGUAGCCAGGGUAAUCAAUGGGCCCUGGGAGUGGUGUUCCUUGGAGUGCAGACUUCUUAUCAGAUUAUCCUCAGGGCUACACGUGGUGUGAGUUACAUGGGUGAUAUUGCAGUGGAUGACAUUUCCUUUCAAGACUGUGCACCCCUUCUGAUCCCUGAUAGAGCAUGCAGCUCCGAUGAAUAUGCAUGUGCCAACAAGUAUUGUAUCCCUAAGGACUGGCUCUGUGACUUCAAUAAUGACUGCGCUGAUCACUCUGAUGAGCAUCCAGUCAUCUGUGACACUGUUUUAGGGCACUGUGAUUUUGAAUUUGACAUGUGCACCUGGAGGCAAUUGAGGGAUGAUGCUUUUGACUGGACUCUUAAACCAGGAAGAACACCAUCAAUGGGCACAGGGCCAGCCACAGAUCAUACCCUGCGUGAUCCAUCCGGACAUUACAUUUACAUCGAAAGCUCAUUCCCACAACUUCCUGGGCAUGUAGCAAGGAUUUCUGGUCCACCCAUCAGCAAACAAAGCAAAGACUGUAAGAUUCUUUUCUACUAUCAUAUGGCAGGACAUAGUAUUGGAUCCUUAAUAAUAUACCAAGUGACUGUAUCAGAUCGCCGCACAAUGCUUUUCAACUUAACUGGGGACCAAGGCAACUAUUGGAAACGGGCUAAAAUCCCUCUCAGUGCAGAUGAAGACUUUGAGAUACUGUUUGAAGGAUGGGUUGGGAAGGGAACAAAAGGAGACAUAUCACUGGAUGACAUUACCUUCACAAAAGAGUGCAUCCCUUCAUCCAUUGCUUUUGCUGAAGAACCAACUGUACUUCCUCCAACAGAUUUCUGUCCUCAAGGUUAUUUGGAAUGUCAGAAUGGACACUGUUACCAACCAAAACAGAAGUGUGAUUUUGUAAAUAACUGCGGCGACAAUACAGACGAAAGCAAAUGUGGUGCUUCCUGCACCUUUGAGGAUGGGCAAUGUGGAUGGAAAAACUCUCUGGCAGAUAACUUCGACUGGAUCCUAGGCGAAGGCUCGUUUCAGAGUCCAAGGCCUUCGAAAGAUCACACCUUAGGAAACGAAAAUGGACACUUUAUGUAUCUGGAAGCGACGCCUGUAGGCCUGAAAGGUGACAAAGCCCAUAUGAAGAGUUCCAAAUGGAAGGAGUCAAGUGUCAAAUGCACUCUUUCAUUCUGGUAUUAUACUUCUCGGAAAGCCUCGGGCCUCAUAAGUGUGCUGAUCAAGACUGACAGGUAUCUUUACAAAGUAUGGAGUGGAAUUGGGAGCCAGGGCGAUGUGUGGAACAAGGCCUAUGUACCACUGAAAAAGUUGCGGAAUUUUGAAAUUAUAUUCGAAGGAAUUCGAACCCAUGAUUUUGGUGGUGGAGCAGCUAUCGAUGACAUUCAGUUUACAAACUGUACCUCAGAAUAUUUACCAGGUUUUUGCCCAGCGGUCACUGAUUUCAUCUGUCAAAAUGGUCAGUGUAUCAAGUCCGACCUGGUUUGUGACUACAAGCCAGACUGUGACGAUGAAUCGGAUGAAUCUGACUGUUCACAGUUUGUGAACAUUCCAGGAAGCUGUAGCUUUGAUGGGCCUGACACAGGAUUCUGCAUUUCUGACUGUGGCUUGGUGCAAAACACUGACGAUGACUUUAACUGGACAAUUGGGUAUGAAACCAUCUCCACGGAAACCGGUCCCAUCACCGACCACACGCCUGGGGCCAGAGGAAUGUUUGCGUAUGUGAAUUCUUUAGCCCAGCGUGAAGGGGACAUUGCAAGAAUAACCACCACUCAUCACUUCCCAGCAAGUCUGGGAGUCUGCCACCUGCGCUUCUGGAUCUAUAUGUAUGGUUCAAGAGAAAUGGGAACUUUGAAGGUGUACACUGUUGGAGAGAAUGGAAUGCAUUUGCUGAUGUGGGCAGUGACUGGCAAUGAGAAUCGCUGGAAAUAUGUCAACGUGAUUUUGUCCAACAACAAUCCAUUUCAAGUUGCAUUCGAAGCUGAAGUGGGUGGAGACAAUCUCACAGACAUUGCAAUUGAUGACAUCUCCUUCAGCCUGGAAUGUGUCUCUGGAGGGCCAAUCAUACCUCCGCCUACAAACUGUACUACUGAUACGUUCCAGUGUCUAGUUGGGCCUGAAUGUAUUCCACUGUUAUGGAGGUGCGAUGACAAAGAAGACUGUGCAGAUGGAAGUGAUGAAUCAAAGUGUCCAGUUCAAUCACCAGAGAACCCGCCUACUCAGCAACCUUGUGGAGAGAAAGAAUUCCGGUGUUCCAAUGAGGUUUGCAUUCCAUCUCUGCUCAGGUGUGACGGAGUCCCAGACUGCCUUUCUGCAGAGGAUGAAUUGACCUGCCCUGAUUUAAAUUGCUUCAAUGGCUCAUUGCUCUGCGAGUCCACUGGUCGAUGCAUCCCAGUUACUCAACGUUGUGACAAUGUGACCAACUGCAAGGACUAUCAACAAGAUGAAUCCAGCUGUUCGGAGUGUCCUAAUGGCUUUUGUAAAAAUGGGGGAACAUGCAUCAUUGCUAAAGAAAUUGCAUUGUGCACGUGUACAAGUCAAUGGAGAGGAAAUCGAUGUCAUCUUAAUAUUAAUCCAACGGAGUCUCCCAGCCCCAAUCUUACAGAAACUAAAAUUGUGGCUCAGUGGUCAGGAAUAGGGAUGAGCCUGGCCUUUGCUCUGCUUAUCGUGAUAAUUGUUUUGGUCACACUUUCUAGAAAGAAGACUGCUAAGAUACCUUUGUCUUCACCCAAAAGUAACACCAUAUCCAAUAUUUUAUACGGGGAUCCAAAUGCAGAUCUGUCUGCUGAGUUUGCGACAAAAAAUGUCUUGACCGGUGAAUCUAUCAGUGUGUAUCCAUGGGGCAAUCAGCAUAUGGUCCACUCCAGCAAAGCCAAUAUUCCCCUUUCAUUUUGCAACCCUCUUUACGAUGGUACUGCAGACAAGCCAAAAGUGCCGACAGUAUAAAUUUCCAGAGCUUCUGAAAUCCAGUUCAAUUGAUUAUAGUAAUGUGUGUGUUUUUUUUCCAAAUCUACGUGUGUAUAACUUCCUGUGAAAUUAUGAAUCUCAGACCUAUUAUAAAGAAUUGAAGCUCUUUAACAUGUGGAAAAGGCAGUGAUGUUUGAAUUUUAUGCAACAAUAAAAAUAGUUGCCUUGUGACAUCCAGGUAAGAGCCGUUUGUUCAGAAUAAAUAUCAUUUUGGGGGCACUCAUUCUUGGAUAAACUACCCACUGUAUAUCAGACCUGAAAUCGUUAAGUAAAGAUGCAAUGUUCCAUGCACAUCUACUUGGUAGGAAGUGUGACUGACUUCAUUAUGUAGAACUUAAAGGUUUCUCCAGUUGUUCAUAAAUUGAACUGAUGCCAUGUUCAAUAUGUGCACCAACAACUAUGUGCUGUCAACAUAUGGAAUGCAUCGUUAAGAUAGGAAUUUGCAGCAAAAUAAAACUGUCAAAUGACAAAA